ACUUUUGCAGAUGAUAUAAAAGCUGUAAGCAACCUUCUCUCUGCCUCACUCGUUUGAAAUCAAUUUGCAGAGAGGAAGUAUUAGUGAUCGGAUAAAUAUAAACAUGACAGACCGAGUCAUCAAUUUUUCCGCUGGACCUUCUAAACUUCCAAGGAAGGUCUUGCAAACGGCUCAGAAAGAAAUGCUCAAUUAUAAUAACACAGGGAUUAGUGUCAUGGAACUUAGCCACAGAUCUGCAGAUUUCACCAAAAUUAUAAACACAGCCGAGAGAAAUGUGAGGGAGUUAUUGAACAUCCCUGAUAACUACAAGGUGAUCUUCAAACAAGGAGGAGGGACCGGUCAAUUCUCAGCCGUCCCCCUCAAUCUGAUGAACCUCAGACCAGAAUGCAAAGCAGAUUACAUCAUCACAGGAAGCUGGUCAGCCAAGGCAGCCAUUGAAGCUGAGAAAUACGGGAAAGUGAACCGUGUCGUACCGAAACUGGAAUCCUAUUCAACAAUCCCAGACUCGAGCCAGUGGACUCUAAGUCCGGACGCAUCAUACGUCUACUACUGCGCCAACGAGACCAUCCACGGCGUCGAGUUCGAGAACAUUCCGGACACGAACGGCAUCCCAUUAGUCUGCGACAUGUCCUCCAAUAUCUUGUCACGACCAGUCGAUGUGUCUAAGUUUGGGGUGAUCUUCGCGGGCGCCCAGAAGAACAUGGGGUGUGCGGGGGUCACGCUGGUCAUCAUCCGAGAGGAUCUCCUGGGCAAGGCCAAGCCGGAGUGUCCGGUAACCAUGGACUACAAGAUCCAGGUCGGAAACAACUCCCUCUACAACACAGCCCCCACAUACAAUAUAUACAUCCUGGGACUUGUUCUACAGUGGGUCAAGGAUGAAGGUGGUGUGGAAAAAAUGGAGGAGAACUCCAAACUCAAGUCCCAAGCCGUGUACGAGGCCAUCCAAAAGUCCAACGGAUUUUACCAUGCUACUGUUGAUCCACACUGUCGCAGUCGAAUGAACGUCCCCUUCAGAAUCGGGGGCCCAGAUGGGGAUGAGGCCCUAGAGAAGAAGUUUUUAGAGGAGGCCAGUAAAAGGGGGAUGAUUCAGCUGAAAGGACACAGAUCUGUCGGAGGAAUUCGAGCUUCUCUAUACAACGCGCUGUCUCUAGAAGAAGCCAACCUUCUAGUCUCCUUCAUGCAAGAGUUCUACAUUCAGCACAAGACUGUGACCUCAUGUUAAGGUCAAUGUAACACCAUAACCUCAUCUGACCUUGAGGUCAAAGGUCAAUAAACCAAACAAAGCAGCAGCAUGUCAUCCAGAAGAUGGAUCAGCCUUGACCUAGUAGUUAAACGGGGUCAAGGUCUUCAUGGGAUUUUUUUUUACAUGGAUGUCUAGAUGUGAGGGGGAUGUGUGACAGUAGAACAUGGGAGCUUCAUUUUGGGCUCUGAAUUUGCAUGUACAAUGUACAUAUCAUAUUUUUUUGCUAUGCAAGCAACCAGCAGUGUUCCAUGUAUAAGACUUUGUAUUAUUGAAGUGAAAAAUCUCUAACCAAAGACAAACAUCAUUUAUUUUUAGUUUAUAUUUUAUUUUAAACAUAUUGGCAUUUUAGCACUUCAUAAUCUAUAAGUGUUUUUAUCAACUUCUGUCUUGUAAUGUUGAAAUACAAUUUUAAACAAAUGAAUUCAUUUAUCAUGCUUAUAUUAUGAGAUAGGCUGAGAGUUUUAGUCAUUUAUGGAUAAUGCUGAAAGUGGUUUUAUUCUUACAAAUUGUAUGUAUGUGUUUGUGUGUUUUAAUGUGAGAUUAAAUUACAUGUGUGUAAUUGUGUAAAUCUGUGAAAUUGUAAUAAAUGAGACUUUUUGAAUGAAAAAUGACGUAUGUGUAAGAAUGGAUACAAAUUUUCAUCUUUGUGUUUGUUAUUCAUUGAUUCUUGAUCUUGUCUUAUGGUAUUGCAAAAUAAUUGUAUACUUGACAGAUGUCAGAUCUGACAAUGAAUAAUUGCCACUAAUUGUGUGUGCAUACAGUUUAUGAAUUUCAUUGGCUCAGUGCUAAAGAUUAGUCAAUUUAACAUAAUGUUGUUAUCAUAGACCAAUAUAAUAUAUGUACGACGAACAAAUAUGAAUUUUUGUGCACUGAUGCAUUAUACACUAGGUUGUCUUAUCAGUUGGGUUUCUAUGGCAACUGUUUGAAAUGCAUAUAAAUGUACCUGAAAUGUUCAGGACCAACAGCAAUAAAAUUUAGUUCAAAACAC